CGUCUCUGCUCGUGCGCUAUCGCAAGAGGCGAGUGUGUUCCGCGCAUAGAACUUAUAUAUAUAUACUAUAAGUUCUAUGGUUCCGCGCCACUACCGCCACCGUCAGACGUCGCUGGCAGUCGCUUGGUCGCUGGUCACCGACGUCGCCGCUGCCGCCGCCGCCGCCGCCGUCCGCCACUGCUGCUGUCGUCGCCGUCGCGCCGCCGUCGUCGCCGCUGUCGCACGCGCGAAGGAUGCCGAUGACUGUCAACGCGGAAAUCGGCAACCACGUAUCGCCAUUUUGUUCGCGCGUGCAUUGUUGGCGUAUCAGUGCCGAUAAUCUCGCGGUACGACGAGCAUCGAAGUGUGCAUCGCGCCAGGAAGUGUCGACGAAAGGCUGCCGAGAGGAACUCGCCGCACCUUCCCCUUCGUCGUCGCUCUACGUCACCGCCGGCCUCGUCGCACUCGACGGAGAAGCUCGAGGAGAUCGACGACCCGCAGCGCAGCAUGUCGUAUCAUCGUAGCGGACAGGCGGGCGCCGUAGCGGUCUCGUACAGCACCAGCCCGAUGGCACCGCACUCGCCCAGCCGGAGGUACUCGAGCGGCACCAGCAGCGGUAGCACCACCACCUCUGGGAUCGGCAGCACGACAUCCAAGUUCAACGCCUACCGUUCCACCGGCACGUCCUCGCUCCUGGACCGGCCCACCAGCUUCUACACGUCGUCCACGAGCUCGGGCUUGCGCUCCAACUACAUCUCCUCGGAGUACAGGCGGUCCUAUUGCGCGCCAGGAAGCUACUACUCGUCGGCCUCUACCGGCACGAGCGUCCGCAGGAACUACUCAUCGGAGUACAGUCGAUCCAACUGCUCACCCGCAAGGUCAGUCUCGUCGUCGUCGUACGGCGAAACGGGCGGCAGCAGCAGCAGCAGCAGCGGCGUUGCAUUAGCGACAACGAUCGUUAACGGCACCAGCGGCAGCGGUAGUGGCAGAUACGUUUCGCCGACGUCGAGCGCCACGGUCAGCUCCACGUCCUCGAGGGAACGCGGCAGCGUCCCCGACGCGUCCGCCGCGGCCGCCGACAUUAUCAGCAAGUACUCGCCAGCCGGCUACGUGCCCAGUAUUCAACGUCAACAACAGGCAGCGAGCGGUGGCAGCGCGCAUCACUGGAGGCACCGUUCGUCGACGUCGUCCGUGAGCGAGUUGUUCGGCGGUGACGAGCGCGAGGUCGAGCGCAAGGAUCUCCGUCUGGAGUCCUCGCUAUCCUCGCCCUCCUCCUCCUCUUCCUCGUCCGCGCCCACCGCGGCCGGUCUAUGGUCCAAGUCCGGCAAGAGAAGACCACCUACGAACAGCACGACGGUGCUCACCACCGUCGGACAUGCGCGCACGCCGGAGUCUCUCGUCGAGGUAACAUCCAUCGUCGACGAUCACGUUAUCCGUAAACUGAACAACGACGACGGCGACGACGACGACGAAAACGACGACAUCAGGGACAACGACGACGACGACGACGUCGACGAUCGGCAUAACAACAACGGCAACAAUACGAGGCGUGACGGCAACGACGAGGAUAUUGUUUGUGGAUACGGUGUUAACAACAACGACGACGAGCGCGACGACGACAACGACGUGGACGAAAACGGCGACGGGGACGAGGACAGAAACGGCGACGACGCGAACGACGACGAUAAUCUCAACAAUUGUCAUCACCGCUUCCACCAGCAGCGUCGCCACCGGCCAGACAAGGUCUCGCCCGCUAAGCAUAAAGUUCUCUCACCCGUUGCUACCGCUGGUGGUGGUAGUGGUUUGAUCGGUGUUAGUAGCCUUGACCUGUUGACUAACCUCGCUACUAAUCCUCGUAACACCGAGCUGCUGAUCAAUAACAACGCUCAGAACAAGGUGACAGGUGGGAAGGAAGAGGCCGACAUUGCGACGAGCGACGACGAGGUAACGCGCGGCACCGACAAUGUCACGUCGAUUGUCACAUUUCUGCAACGCGAUCGCAUCAACGAUCGCGACAUUCCCGAAGAUGGCGAGGAAGAGAACCACGUGUCUAGCAGCACACCGGACGAGAGCGGCUUUGGCGGAACGAUUGACAGCGUUGCGGGUAGGCCAUCCAUCACGCACGGCGACGACCCGUCCGUCCCGUCGACGUCGAGGAGAAUGGAUCAGCCCGGUAUCUUCUCUUCGAGUACCGCGAGCGGCAAUCUGACUUCGUCGCCGACGAAUCCAUCCACGGCGCAUCAAAGUAUCUAUCGCGGAGUCAACGAGCAAUACGAAGGGAGCCCGACUAACAGGUCGGCGCGUAGCCGUCUGCAAGCUUUACGCGAUGAACGAUGUGGUCUGAACGGCUUACGGAAUAUUGGAAAUACAUGUUUUAUGAACAGCGUGAUUCAAUGCUUGAGCAACACGAGACCUCUGUUAGAGUAUCUGCUGAACGAACAAUAUUUAGCCGACAUAAAUACUACGACAUCCAGCAUGAAAGGCGCCCUGAUCAAAGCGUUCAGCCAAGUGAUUCACGAAUUGUGGGAGGUGGGCGGUGAUCAUGUGGUGAACACGACCGCACUCAAGUCUCAGAUACAGAGAUUCGCGCCGCGUUUCAUGGGCUACAGUCAACAGGACGCUCAAGAGUUUCUCAGAUACUUACUGGAGGGUUUGCACGAGGAUGUCAACAGAGUCACCACAAAGCUACCACCCAUACAUGGUGACAUACCUGACAGUUACACGGAUAUGCAAAAAGCGGUGGAGAGUUGGAAACGGUAUCUUCGCAGCGAAGACAGUACGAUAGUCGAUGUUUUCGUCGGACAGUUACGUUCGUCUUUACGUUGCACUUCCUGCGACCACGUGUCGGUCACCCUCGAUCCGUUCUGGGAUCUGAGCUUGCCAAUACCAGCUAGAAGUGGCACGGUAAAGCUGAGCCAAUGCUUGGAGCACUUCACUCGAGAGGAGGUGUUGGACGGCGACGAAAAACCAACAUGUUCCAAAUGUCAGAUGAGAAGAAAGUGCACCAAAAGCUUCAGCAUACAGAAAUUUCCGAAAAUUUUGGUUAUUCAUUUGAAACGUUUCUCUCCAAUGGAGCGCUUUCGCGGCAAGCUUAACGUGAUGGUGGACUUUCCAUUGACGGGUUUGGAUCUCAGUGCCUUUGCCGCCCCGAGAGUUCCGGGCUGCACGUACAAUCUAUACGGGGUCGCCAAUCACUCGGGCACCACGUAUUCCGGUCACUACACCGCAUAUUGCAAGCAUCCGUACUCGGGGGAAUGGCAUGAGUAUAACGACAGCCGAGUGUCAGUCGUGUCAUCACGAUCGGUCGUUUCCAGUGAAGCCUACGUACUGUUUUACGAACAACAGUCUCAUAGUUCUCACUUGUAACCUUACGCCAUACCUAGAGAGUAAACAACCAUCUUGCCUCUCUCGAUACCUCAGCUCAGCCUAGUAAAACUCUGUCUUCUGAUGUAUUGAAAAGCGACUAAACACUGAAAGAAACUAGAGGAGGGGAUCGUUUCAUGACCCAUCCUCCUAGGUGAGUCCAAUGUGACCUUAUUGGCGAUAAUCGUGUCUCUUCCCGCAAAAUACGCGUCUUGACAUAGCGUGGCAUAUGCCCCUUCAUAAAGAGAUUACGCAUACGUAAAUCGACAUAAUUGAUUAAACGUAAUUAAUAUGUACACGUGCUUUCAGAGUGGAAAAUUAUUUCCGCGAAUCAUGUUUGAUCUAUAUGAAAAUUAUUUUUUUACGUAAUGUUUUUGCGAGACCUAAUUUUUAUAUGUUGUAAUCGUAUUUAAAAUAGAAGACGAUCUAUUUCUUUAUUAUUUGAAAUGUACAUUGGGAAUGUUUUUAUCUAGAAGAGAAUACGAAGGUACGGGGUCGCCAAAGAUCACACACACGCAAUUGCUUCAGAUGUCUAGUUACUUUUGAAUAGACAAGUAGUAACACAUCUCUCUGUCUCUUUCUCUCACACUUCAUUGAACACAUGGCGACAUACAGCUAUUUACUUUUGUAAAAUAUUUUGUUUAAUAUAUAUAAUCACAGUCAAGAGUUAUUUAUUAUAAUUUAUGAAAAGAGAAAAUAAAAUAAUAUAUUCGAUAUUGACACA